AUGGACGACCAAGAUCCAGUGAUCGAGGAGAAUGAGGAGCUUCAGAAAUUCCUAGGCGCAACAUCGUUUGGCAAGCCAUCAAGAGAAGCAGAUGUAGCGAGGAGGUUGGAGCGUAGCAAGAGGCCGACCGGCACUGCAGCGCUAUCACCAGGAGCAAACGGAGGUCAGGCGAAUGGUCGAAGGAAAAGCAAGGACCCUGAGGACGAAGAUCAAGAGGAUGGAGAAGACGACGACGGCGAUAGCGACGACGACGAUGACGAUGACGACGAGGAUGAGUUCCCGGUCUCUCACGAGAUGGUGAUCAAGACACACGACAGGGCGGUGACAUCCGCAACUAUAGACCCAGCCGGCGCGCGAUUGAUCACAGGCUCGGUGGACUGCAGUCUCAAGUUCCACGACUUUGCGUCCAUGACACCGACCACUGUACGAGCCUUCAAAUCAGUAGAUCCGAGCGCGACCAAAAGCUCGGCCAAUGUCGAAACACACCCGAUCAACCAAGUUCUCUUCAACCCGCUGUCGGCUGGCCAUGUCCUUGUUGCAACCGCCUUGCCUCAAGCCAGGAUCUUGUCUCGAGACGGCGAGUCGGUAGCGGAGUUUGCAAAGGGCGACAUGUACCUUCGAGAUAUGCACAAUACGAAAGGACACAUUUCAGAAGUCACGACAGGAACAUGGCACCCGACCGAUCGCAACCUAUGUGUUACAGCAGGAACAGACAGCACCCUAAGGAUAUGGGACAUCAACAAUCCGCGUUCACAGAAAGAAGUGAUCGUCCACAAGUCGAGAGCUGCUGGCUCAGCGGGACGCACACGGAUGACCGCUGUCGCCUGGGGCUCGCCAAUGCAGGGCGGCAACAAUUUGCUGGUCUCCGCAGCGCUGGACGGCAGUCUUGUCAUGUGGAGUGGAGAGGGACCUUAUUCACGGCCAGCAGCUGAGACCCGAGAGGCUCACACACCCGGCACCUGGACCAGUGGACUGGACAUCAGUGCGGAUGGCAGGUUGGUCGUCACUCGAGGCGGCGACGACACUAUCAAGCUGUGGGACGUCAGAAAAUUCAAGCAGCCUGUGACUACAGUCUCGCACGCUUCCACAUCAUCGCAGUACCCAUCUACCAACAUCAGGUUCUCGCCGAACUCUUCCAAUGUCAUCACUGGCUCAGAGACCGGACACCUGCACAUCCUAAACCCAGCUACCCUCAAACCAGAGCUCGUCACACCCGUCACGCCAGGCUCACCUCUCAUAUCCGUUUUCUGGAACUCCAAGCUCAACCAAAUCAUCACCGGCUCCGCCAACGCAGAAACCCACGUCCUCUACAACCCCAAUACCUCCACCGCCGGCGCCAAAGCCGUCAUGGCCCGCGCCCCAAAACGCCGCCACAUCGACGACGACCCCAACCUCACCAUGGACCUCGCCCAAGGCAUCUCAGGUGACUCCAUCGUCGUGCCCGGCGGCCCCGCGCCCUCGGGUGCUAGCUACGCCAGCCGCCACCCCACCGUCGGCCUCACCGCCUCCGGCCGCAGCAGAGAUCCCAGGAGGCCCAAUAUGCCCGCUCAAACUCCCUUUGCGAAGACGAAUCCCGAUGAGGAGUACGUGCGCAGCCAGAUCCCACUGUCCUCGCUGCGUGAUGAGGAUCCGAGGGAGGCGUUGCUGAAGUACGCGGACAAGGCGAAGAAUGAUCCGAUGUUCACGAACGCGUGGAAGGAGACGCAGCCGGAGACGAAGUAUGCUGAACUCAGUGAUGAGGAGGAGGAAGGGCCCGAGGCGAAGAAGGUGAAGCGAUGA